CAGCAGCGGACAGCUUCCACCCUCACACGGAUACACAACCAUUUCUUCUCCCUCAUCGCCUUUCCCGUCAGUUACCAUGGCGAGCACAGUAUCAGCCUACACAGAGAAGAUCAAGGAGAUGUCCAUGAUGUCUCUCAUCUGCUCCUGCCUAUACCCCCAGACAUCAUACCCCACCACCAACUACCAAUUUGGAGACCUGGAGGUGAAGCCCAUCAACAAGCGACUGUCGGGCCAGUCCUUUGAGGUGAUCCUGAAGUCCCCCACCGACCUGUCCCCGGACAUGCCCAGUCCCCUGGCCUCUCCCCCCGCCCUGACCUCGCCCCCCAAGAGGGACAUCUCCCUGGAUGAGCUGCAGAGGAGGCUGGAGGCAGCUGAGGAGAGGAGGAAGUCCCAGGAGGCUCAGGUGCUGAGGCAUUUGGCUGAGCGGAGGGAGCAUGAGAAGGAGGUGCUGCACAAGGCCAUGGAAGAGAACAACAACUUCAGCAAGAUGGCGGAAGAGAAGCUCAACUCCAAAAUGGAGGCGAAGAAAGCGAACCGGGAGGCAUACCUGAACUCACUGAAGCAGCGGCUCCGUGAGAAGGAGAUGCAUGCAGCCGAAGUGCGCCGGAACAAGGAGCUGCAAGCAGACCUUUCUGGAUAAGAAGGCUUUACUGAAAGGAAUUCCCAUUUCCCAGCUUGUGUGAAGUGUGUUUUUAGCGAGGAAUUUUUGUGUCAAAAAUCAUAAUUCUGCUCUACAUCCUGCAAUCUCAUCUGUCAUUCAAUAGGGAACAAGUUUACCUGCAAGAUAUCACAACUGUCAUAGCUCUUCAUCUCUCUACACAUCCCUACAGUAUAACAUUUUUUUCUCUCACUAAAACAUCAACACCACCAGCAUUUCAAACAGUAGAUUUUAACAUUUCUAAAUGGUUGGAAUACAUUCUAAUGGCUGGAAUUUCAAAUGUGCUGCGCACGCCCACACACACACAUGCACAGACACAAACAUACAUAAAAUUCACACACGUAUAAACUCAAACACUGACAUG